AUGGUAAGUUUCCUGGAAGCCCAAGUUCCAAUGUUGACGGGCACAAAUUAUGAAUACUGGAGUAUCCAAAUGAAGGAAUUACUCGGUUUCUAUGAUAUUUGGGAUAUUGUCGAAAGCGGGUAUAAUGAGCACACAAAAGUUGCUGAAGUAGCCCUGUCAGAUGCCGAGAAGACGGCGUUAAAUGGGUGCAGGAGCAAAAAUAACAAGGCAUGUUUCAUGAUUUAUCAAGGUAUCGACGAAUCCACCUUUGAUAAUAUUGCACAUGAAAAAAAAGCAAAAGACGCAUGGGAGAUUCUACAUAAAUCAUUCCAGGGAGUCGAUAAAGAAGAAGAGGUGGAGCCUCAAGUAUUGCAUGGCGAGUUCGAGAAUAUGAAAAUGAAAAAUUCUGAAAAUAUUGAAGAAAAUGUUACGCGUUUGAAAACGGUGACAAGUGAAAUAAGAGGAAAUGGUGAAAGUCUUGAUGAUGUUCAAGUCAUGGAAAAGCUCCUUCCUCUAUUGACAACAAAAUUUGAUUGUAUCGUUAUAUUAACAGGGAAGACAAAGGAGUACUACUCUUCCAGAAUUUCAAGUGAUAAACUAGUAGAUUCUUUUCAAGUCCACAAGCAACGAAUGACUCGAUACGAGAAUCAAUCGGAAAAAAUACUAGAAAGUAAGGUAUCCGGCCAUUACAAUUCUAGCAGAAGCGGCUUUGUACGUGGAAAAGGUGGUUAUCAAGGCAGACAUAAAUGUGGAAGGAAACCGUUUGAGAGACGCCAGAAAAAUGAAGGUCACCGAUCAUUUGGUCGAGGUAAAAAUUUUAAAGGCUACAAGAAGAGAUACAAAAUUUUUAUAUGGCCUGACAAAUAUUAUCAUGAAGCUGAUAAGGUGGCAUAUAUUUCACAAAAUGGAAAAGAAGCUCGGGAUAGAAAUACGAGUUUGAGGGGGAGUGUUAGAAUUCAAACUCGUAUUAAUUAUAAUAACUAG